AUGCGCAGGGUUUUCAACUUCACUCGCGGGCCCUCAGUCGCGACAAGUCAGCCUGCUACAGACAACAUUCCUAUUUCCUCAAGCAAAAUCCCCACCCACGACACCGACAUCUCUACUAAGUGCAAGGCGUCGACCAAGCACAAGGCCUCUACUACGGGCAAGUCCUCCACCAAGGGCAAGGCCUCCACCAAGAGCAAGGCGACGGCCGAUGGCAAGGCCUUUAACAAAGGCAGCACCACCACCAAGGGCAAGGCCACCAAAGGCAAAGGCAAGCCCUCAGACGAUACCGAAGAAGAGUCGAUGAUGGAGGAAGAGACAUCUGACAGUGGCUUGGAUGCCGAUGUCCCACCCCGUUUGCCAGUCCCAGCUAGAAGUUGCAGUCGGAAUUCUGGUCUCGCUAAUAUCAGAACACUGUCAGAGGAAGAAAAUGUCGAUGAUAUUGGCCAUUCCGCACUAGUCGCCAGGAUGUUUGACGGAUUUAGAGACUCCGUUUCUUUUGACGAUGACGAGUACAAUCCCAGAGCAUCCCCUCCACCGGACAAGGAUGAGAUGAUGUACCGCAUCCUGCAGGGAGGUUCGAUGCACAACGGUAGAAGCUAUCGUUCUGGAACCGACCCAUUCUCAAAGCUUGCGGUCGAUCUGUUGGAUCCACAUCCCCACCAAUGCCUUGUGACUAGAGAAUUAGAUUGGGAAGAUGAAGUAGAGUACUGCCACCUUUUCGACCGGUCCAACUGCACAAAUCAUGCACUCUCAUUAAAGCUCAUGGCACUCGAGUACUCUUUUGGAAUCGGUUACAAGAAAUUCAACAUCGACGAUGCCAGAAACAUAGCUAGGCGUAGGAGAUUUGUACAUCUCUCGUUUUAUUUCCUGAUCCCAACGUUUUUAUCAGUCAUCAUCAACCUUCACAGACGGGUAGACAAAAAUCGCUCCAUCGUGCUCCCCACUAUGGAUAUGGUCCGCCGCCUCAGCAAGCACAAGCGCGGUGAGGACAUUCGUAAGAUUUAUGAACAGGGGGAGGUUUUCACAUACCAUUUUUUACCGCUUGGAGAGCCGACCUCGAAUAUCAUCCGUUAUCAAAGGACUGAUAAAGGUGAUCAGCCUUCAGCACGCGACACAGCCAUGGAGUCGCAUCUGUAUCCGUUCCAUACCUUGCCAUCUCUUCUAUCACAUGUGGAACCACACUAUGUGGUCAUCAACGCCGCUCAGAAGCUACUAUCCAUCGGUCAAGGCCAAUCCCGAAUGCAGUUGCUUCGCUCGAUUGCAGCUGUCUACAAUGUGGACUUGAGUGCUGCUCAGAAGUUUCUCGUGGAUAUCGACUUGCUAUACAAGGCCUGGAAAGAACCCGCACCAGAUGAUUUUGCAAUUCCCAAGGCGAAGAAAGAAGCUCAGGUGGACGGGAACAAGGGAAGGGAGGAUGCGGGUGAUGUCGGCACAAGUUCUAAUCACACCCCCGAUUUGAACCAUCCUGCAAAGAGGCAGCGUCCAAGCCCGACAUCUUCUGAGAAAAAUGUGGUGACAAAGUACAAAUCCAUGAAAAGUGCGGCAGGAUCUGUCGCGAGCCGAAUCACUCGCAAGUGA